GUGUGCGUGCGCUUGCGCAUUCUGUUACCUACACAUACAAGUCAGUAAUAAACCAGCUGUGCAUCGGUACGUGUGCGUUUCAUUGCUCCCCAAUCUACCCACAUAUAUAUCAGUGGCGACGAAUCGUGAUUUACCCGCGCGUGAGAAAAAAAUAAAAAAAUGGAACAAUUUCUUGGGAAUUUAACUGUUUUCGACCAUAAUUCUCAAGAAUGGGAGAUAUUUCACAGUCGGCUAUUGCAGUUUGUGAUAUUAAAUAAAGUGGAAGAUACCAAAAAGGGCGCGUUACUAUUAACGCAUUUGUCAGACGAAACGUACCGUUUGGCAAGGAAUCUUGUUCAUCCUAAGAAGAUAGAGGAAGUCAAGUUCGACGAGUUGGUUAAGUUACUCGAUCAACAUUUUAUUCCGAAGCGCUGUACCUUCGCUGACCGUGCGAAAUUCUACGCGGCGACACGGGAUAUCGGCGAGAGUAUUGAGCAGUGGGCAGCUCGAGUUCGAGGACUCGCGGUGCAUUGCGAGUUCGGGAGCGCUCUCGAUAUGCUAUUGAGGGACAGGCUCGUGCUAGGGUUCAGGGCAGGACCGGAGCGGGACAAGCUUUUUGAGCAGGAUGCUACAACACUCACGUUCGCGAAAGCCGUAGAAGUGGCUCAGCAGGCGGAAUGUGCAAGGAAGGUAAAGGCCUUGCCUACCGUGACCGUCAAGGAGGAGCCACUGUACAAGGCGAGCACGGGCCGGGCGGGCCAAGGGGCCAGCCGAGACCAGCCUAUGCGUCGGUGUAAUGUGUGCGGAUUAAAAGGGCAUGAGUCUGAUAAGUGUCGUUUUAAAAAUUAUCGGUGUCAAAAGUGUCACAACAAAGGUCACUUGAAAAAGGUGUGUAGUGCGCGCGUAAACAACAUUUCUGUGGAAGAUGUAUCCCCAAAUGACCAGGACUGCAGUGACUGCCAGGAAUGUCAGAUGUUUAGCUUAAGAUUCCCAAAUUAAGUCGGGAGGAGUUGAUGUAUACAUGUCUAUGUGUGCGUGCGCUUGCGCAUUCUGUUACCUACACAUACAAGUCAGUAAUAAACCAGCUGUGCAUCGGUA